GGUUUACAUUUACGACUUUUCGUGUGGCGACCAUGUACAGACUAUGUGACGACGUGAUGUCGGCAGAAAUCGGCACAAGUAGGCAGAGAUAGGCAGGGGGUCUGUGGGAGGUCUGUAGAAUCGUCACAAAUUCUGUUUGGAAGUCGUAGGUCGGCACAAGUUUUCAGAAAAUUUUGAAAACUUGGUGCGACUUGCGAGCGACUGACGAUGUCGUCACUAGUCGUUACACAAUGUCGUAACAAGUCUGCAGGACAUCGCAAAAAUCGGCAGACAUCGUCAGAAAGUCGGCACAGUCGUAACACUUACGAAAUGUGACGACGUUAUGACGAGCAUGUGACGAUGUGACGACUUCUGUGGCGACGUGAUGUUACGACGUGUGACGAGAUGUGGCGAUUUGUGGCGACUUUGUCAAAAAAUUUUGCGACCUUGUGUGGCGACGUGACGAGGUGUGUGACGACGUCUCCGAUCGCAUUACGACCAUGUGGCGACCAUGUGGCGACCAUGUGACGAUGAGGUGGGGACCCCGCCUUGACUUGCGAUCACCCAGACCGAGGGCUGCCAUGUAUAUAUAAGGCGCUACGAAGAACACUUGCCAUUCAUUCUUCCACUGACCACCAGCCUGAAAACACCUCUCCAAAGAAAAACCAGCCAGCAACCAGCAUGCCACGCUCCACUCAGCCACGCAAGAAGACUACCGGACAACAGCAGCAAGUCAUGGAAGUCACCCCUGACGAGGAGUGUACAUCAGGAACCGAAAGCCAGCAACAAGAAGAACCCAAUGUACUUGUGCAACCUGAACAAGCAAGCACUAGUGAAGGUCCUCCACCCCCACCACAACCCAAGAAGCAGUACCGUGUGUCCCACAAGAACAUCGAGGACUACAAGUUCACUGAGGAACAAGUUCAAACCCUGGUGGAUUUUAUCAAGGAACACCCCUGCCUCUACGAUAAGAGGCACAGAGAGUAUUCGAACCACCGCACAAAAUUGGACUUGUGGCAGCAGUGUGCAAGCUUGUUCCCCAGCGCUACCCACCUACAGUGCCGCAAGUACUUUGAACAGAAGAGGACGGCCUUCGGCAAAAUAGAGGCCAUGGAAAUGAAGAGCGGUGCUGAGGCAAGAGCACGGACUGCACGGGAGGAGGACAUCAUGAAUACUUGGGGUUUCUUCAAGGGCCACAUAGCCCACGCAACAACGACAUCAUCCCAACGAUUCUCCUCAGGCCACGAGUCAUCCUCCAACAGUGACGCUUCGGGCUUGUCAGCUGCUUCCAUCCAGCGCCGGAAGGUUCUGAAGAAGAGGCGCAUGGGAGAUGUCACAUCACCAAAGGACGCCACCAAUGACCCAGAACCUGAGGACACCAGAGUCAUCAGUAACUUGAUUGAGCGGGCGGCAGCAUUGACCCAGCAGCAGCCGCAACAGCAAGCAUCGUGGUGUGGCACUGAAAUAGAAACUUUCUCCAAAUUGGUGGCCUACAAGAUGGCGAAUGUGCACCCGGACGACCUGGACGAAGCCAUGAUCCAGGUGCAGUGAGUCAUCCAGAGGUUCGUGGCGAAGAGAAAGUCUGCCCCAACACCUGCCCAGCCUCAACCUGUCCAGCCUCCACCUACAACAAGACCUGCAACUCCUGCCACUUUUGCCCAGUGGAUGCCCAUACCACCAAAACCCAUGACACCGUCACCAGCCGGAUACCAGUCAAUGCCUCAGCACACCAUGCCCUAUGCUAUUCCUUCAACCAGCGGCUACCAACCUACAUAUGGGCCACCUCCUGUGGGCCCUCCUCACAGCCUGCAGCCACUCCAACAGUAUCCACCCCAGUCGCUUGGGUACGUUGCUGUUGGUGCCUCGACCUCUACAAACGUCCAAACAGUGUCUUCUCCAUCCAAGUCCUUCCUGCAGCAAAUAGACACACUGUCACCACUCACUCCACAGAUGACGACCCAGGAGCAGUUCCUCUCACCCAGCAGCAGCCUCAACACCCCAAAAGUAGCCGAUGUUGCAGAGGAGACUUAAUAAAUAUGUAAAAGGAAUUAUAAAUAAAUGAAAUGUAAUUUCUUUUUAAUAUAAAUGUAUAAAAUUCAA